ACAACAUCUCAACCGACCCGGUGCACCGGGGCAUGCAAGACGAACUCGCCCACUGACAAUCAAACUACGUACCCAACCGGCUAGUGGAGGAGAGCUCGAUCCUCGAGGACUUGUAUGUGCAUCUGGAAUAAAAAAAAUAGACAAUAUUAAACUUAAGACUAUCAACACCAAUGCAAUGCUGCUCCUCAGACACUGUCGAGGCCUAACCAGAGUAGGCCUUCUCAAGACUCAAAGGGUGCAGUUGUUGCAGGGUGCGGCCCUUCCUGUGGCAGUGUGUGCGGGCAGCCUCUGUGCACGCUGGGGCAGCAGUCAUGGGGGGCAUAAGUCAGGGCAGUACCAACGCAGCCAUGGCCCCAACUGGAGACACGCCCUAGCAGGGCUGCUGGCUGGGACAGGGGCUUUGCUGGCCUAUGGCCUCCACCACAGCCAGACUGAGCAGGCAGCCACCACUAUAGUCCAGCCCAUAGCCCCAGCCUCCUCUCUACCCAUCUACACCCAGGACGAGGUCACCAAACACCGCUCUGUUGAGGAGGGCGUCUGGGUCACCUACAAGGGCAGUGUCUAUGACAUCACAGAGUUUGUGUCCAUGCACCCUGGUGGUGAUAAGAUCCUGCUAGCAGCAGGUGGGGCUCUGGAGCCCUUCUGGGCACUGUAUGCCGUUCACAGCCAAGACCACGUGCUGGAGAUCCUGUCUGAGUAUAAGGUGGGUGAGCUGAGUGCGGAGGAUCGGCGGAAGCAACAAAGCGUGAAAUCCACGGACCCCUACUCUACCGACCCGGAGCGGCACCCUGCCCUGCGCAUCAACAGCCUCAAGCCCUUCAAUGCCGAGCCCCCACCCGAAAUCCUCUCCGACAACUACAUCACCCCUUCAGCCAUCUUCUUUAAGAGGAACCACCUGCCUGUGCCACAAGUGGACCCGAAAUCCUACCGGUUGCAGGUGGAGGGUGUGCCUGGUGGAGCAUCUCUGAGCCUCUCUCUGGAGGAGCUGAAGACACGCUUCCCCAAACACACAGUCACGGCCACGCUGCAGUGUGCUGGCAACCGCCGCUCGGAGAUGAAUAAAGUCAAGCAGGUGAAGGGGCUCAAUUGGGGCAUCGCUGCGAUAAGUAAUGCUACGUGGAGCGGCGCCAGGCUGAAGGAUGUGCUGCUGGCAGCUGGCUACAGGUCAGAGGUGGCCCAGCAGACAUCCCACGUUCAAUUUGAAGGCCUUGACAGUGACGUGACCGGCACCACCUACGGAGCAUCUAUCCCGCUCAACAAGGCGGUAAGUGAAGAGGGCGACGUGCUGCUGGCUUACCAGAUGAAUGGAGAAGACCUACCUGCUGACCACGGCUAUCCCGUACGGGUGGUGGUGCCGGGAACGGUGGGCGCCCGCAAUGUCAAGUGGCUGGGAAAGAUCAUAGUGAGUGAGGAGGAGAGCAGCAGCCACUGGCAGCAGAAUGACUACAAGGGCUUCUCCCCCGCCACUGACUGGGACACGGUGGACUUCAAGUCGGCCCCAGCCAUCCAGGAGCUGCCCAUCCAGUCGGCCAUCACCCAGCCAGUGGAGGGAGCUGUGGUGGAACGCAGCGCAGAGGAGGUGACGGUGAAGGGCUACGCUUGGAGCGGGGGCGGCCGGGAGGUGGUGCGUGUCGAUGUGUCUCUGGAUGGGGGGCGGACCUGGCAAGUGGCGCAGCUACAGAGCAGUGAGAAGGGGCAGGUCCCGGCCCCCUCGCCCCCACCCGGCAGAGCCUGGGCCUGGAAACUGUGGGAGCUGACAGCCCCACUGCCUCCCGCAGUCCAGGAACUGGAGAUUGUGUGCAAGGCGGUGGACAACAGCUACAACAUGCAGCCAGACUCAGUGGCACCUAUCUGGAACCUGAGGGGAGUUUUGAGUAACGCCUGGCACAGGGUGAAAGUCGCAGUCAAGGAGGAUGAGGAAAAGCAGAAACUGUUGUGAUCUAGGGGGUUGUGUUCAAGUCUUAAAGAGUGUAGAGGUAAACAGAUGAUGUUUUAACCUGCCCCUCUCCAGACAGACAGCGUGUAACACGCUAAAGCUCUGGGGGAACUGAAACUAAAAACCCCUCUGUUGACUUGUUGCGCCGCAAAACAGCUAAUUCUGUUCAGUGGAGAUGGAAAAAAAGAAAAAAAAAUGGCAUUCAUCUGUGUGUAGCUAAUGUUGAGCGCUUAAAGAACAUUGUGGCCAGUUGGGUUAAAAAGAAUCCCAAACGCACCACAAAACAAGAUAACGGAAGCAACAGUCAACAGUUGCUCAAAGACAAGCAAAAACACCUUGCCAGUGCUGUCCUUUUCAUAUCCUAAAAUCUAUUCACUAACUUCUUUGGCUUUAACGACAAGCUUGUUUCUAUUUCAUGAUUUUUAUAAGGGUGUCAUUUGCUGGAUCCAGAGAAUAUUCUAAUUCUUUGAGUUGCAUUGUCUUAACCCAUAUUGAUUAUAGCAAUUGAUAAAUGAUCUAUCGUAUAAUAUUAUUCAUUGUGUAAGAUCAAAAGCACUUUGAUCUUGUAAGUUUCAGCUAGUGUUAUCUGCUGCAUUAAGCAAGGUGCCGUAUUGUUUUGAUUUUCACAAAAGUUCUCAGUAAUAUUUUUGAGAGAUUGUUUUGCACACAAUGUUGCAUUGAAAUGAAUCAGCGAUACUGCUUUUGUCAAUUGUGAUAAAACAUAUUUUCUCCACCUAUCUGGUUACAUGCUACAUGAUUGAUUAUGAGCUUUAAAUGAAUAUGUAAUAAAUAUCACUUAAAAAACGUA